CACUUUCACAGCAAGUCCUCCUCAACCUUCAGAUCAGUACAUCCCACUAUGCUUUGCGAUGGUCUGACAAGUGGAUCCAAGAUGGCGUAGAAAGUAAAGCUAGAUGUUCUGUCCCUGAGUCAUGGCAGACAGGAGAGCGGAGAAGUCAUGUGAAGAAGCCAGCAAAUCGUUAGCCAGGCGGGAGUACGAGGCGGCGGUCACCCACAGCACGGACGCCCUGGUGGUCCUCGCGCCCCAAGCCUCGUCACCCGGCGCCCCCGUACUGCCCAGCCCUCCCUCGGCGGUCGCCGCCGGACCCCUCCGCAGCCGCGCCCUGCUCUACCGAAUUGCUGCCUUUCUACAACUGAAAAACUACGACGGAGCAGAUGAAGACUGCAAACAUGUUCUGGCAGACGAGGUUGCUCGGGGUGACGGCUCUCUACAGGCUAGUUUGCGCUCCAUGCUUUUGGAUGGCAGCCUGCAAGAGGUGGUCAGCAUCCUGUCUAAAUCCCUGUAUGGAGAGCCAGUGAACGGCAUCGUUACAAAAGACCUGACCAGAUUAAAAAUGCUCUUCUCCGAAAUUGAGGCAAUAAAAAGAGAGAUGGCCCCUGAAUACACAGACGACCAGGACGAAGAAGUCCAAGAUGGCUGGCAGUUCCGGCCUCCUCCCAGAGGGGUCACUAGCAGCGAGGAGUACACACUCUGCAAAAGGUACUUGGAGCAGGGCCUGUGUCGGUACGGGGCGCAGUGCACGUCGGCCCACUCGCAAGAGGAGCUGAUGGAGUGGCAGAAACGUUACGCCUCCCGACUCAUUCGCCUCAAACAGCAGCAGGAAAGCAAACACUUCACUGAGAACUACAUGGAAACUCUAAUCGAAAAGUGGAUGAACUCCCUUUCCCCGGAGAAAGUGCUAAGUGACAGUCUGGAAGGCGUGACGGUUGAGACCAGCUCCGGCCUUUCUGUUACGGUCACCUCGAAAAAAUCCUCCCAUUCCUGGAUCUUUUCCUUGUUGUGCAAGCCGGCCAGAAAGCUGUUCCGCAUUGCCUUGCUCUACGACGCCCAUCGACCGCACUUCUUCAUCACCGGCGUUUCAGCCGGGGAUCGCCUGCAGUCGGUUCCCAAAGGAUGCCAAGAGUGGACGCCCGGAGACGACACGGCCGCAGCGCCCGACAACGGCCUCGACCACUGCGUCUACAAAGUGGCGGUGGGCUUCAGCACCGAGAUCUUUGGCACCUUCAGACAGACCAUCGUGUUCGACUUCGGCUCCGAGCCGGUGCUGAUGCAGAGGAUCAUGGUGGACGCCGCCUCGAUCGAAGACUUGGAGCACCUACUGGCAGCCAGGCAGCAGCUGCUGAUAACCGCCAAGCGCUGGGACUCGUCCUGUAAAACCAUCGUGGAAUUCACGCCCAACGAGACGGUGGCCGACCUGGAGAGGAGCCUGCUGGCCCGCUACCAGAUCCCUCUGUCAGCCGACCAGCUCUUCACCCAGUCCGUCUUGGACAAGACGCUGACCAAAGACAACUACCAGGCCCGGCUGCACGACCUGCUCUACAUAGAGGAGAUCGCUCAGUACAAGGAAGUCAGCAAGUUCAACAUCAAGGCCAACCUUCAGCUGGUCACCAGCUUCAUGCUAACUGGGAUUUCUGUUGGAGCCAAGUACGCUCAGAACGGACAGCUCUUUGCACGCUUCAAACUCACUGAAACACUUUCCGAGGACACUCUGGCUGGGAGACUAGUAAUGACCAAGGUGAAUUCAGUUCUGCUGCUGCCGUUGGGGCGGGAAGGGUUCGGCAGCCAUGCUCCCUCUGGGGUCAAAGAGCGCGUUUAUGAGGCUGUGAUAGAGGAGAAGACCAAGGAUUACAUCUUCCUGAGGAUUUGCAAGAGCUGCUGUGAGGAGCUGAUGCUGCAGCCUGACAGAGAAAUACAGGUGGAGCUCCAGUUUCAGCUAAACAGACAGCCACUGUGUGAGAUGCACUACGCCCUGGAUCGCAUCAAAGACAACACCAUCCUUUUCCCUGACAUUGGCCUUGUCCCCACAAUCCCCUGGAGCCCAAACCGGCAGUGGGACGAACAGCUGGACCCCCGUCUGAACGCCAAGCAGAAAGAGGCCAUCCUGGCCAUCACCACACCCAUCUCCAUCUCUCUUCCCCCAAUCCUCAUCAUUGGGCCUUAUGGUACCGGCAAGACCUUCACCCUGGCACAGGCCGUCAAACACAUUCUUCGCCAGGACAGCAGCAGGGUCCUGAUCUGCACUCAUUCCAACAGCGCAGCUGACCUUUACAUUAAAGACUAUCUUCAUCCAUAUGUCGAAGCAGGCAACGAGCACGCCAGACCUCUCAGGGUAUAUUUCAGGAACCGCUGGGUGAAGACCGUCCACCCGGUGGUGCAGCAGUACUGUCUCAUCUCCAGCACACAGGUCACUUUCCAGAUGCCCACAAGGGAGGACAUCCUCAGGCACCGUGUUGUCGUGGUCACCCUCAGCACCUCCCAGUACCUCUGCCAGCUGGAUUUGGAGCCUGGGUUGUUCACCCACAUCCUGUUGGAUGAAGCAGCUCAGGCCAUGGAGUGUGAAACCAUCAUGCCUUUUCCUCUUGCUAGCAAGACCACCCGCAUCGUGCUGGCUGGGGACCAUAUGCAGCUCAGUCCGUUUGUGUACAGCGAGUUUGCACGGGAGCGCAACCUGCACGUGUCACUGCUGGACCGGCUGUACGAGCACUACCCCCCCGAAUUCCCCUGCCGCAUCCUCCUGUGCGAGAACUACCGCUCCCACGAAGCUAUCAUCAACUACACAUCCGAGUUAUUUUACGAUGGGAAGCUAAUCGCGAGUGGGAAGCAGCCGUGCCAUAAGGAUUUCUACCCGCUGACCUUCUUCACAGCCAGAGGAGAAGAUGUCCAGGAGAAGAAUAGCACUGCCUACUACAACAAUGCAGAGGUGUUUGAGAUUGUGGAGCGGGUGGAGGAGCUGCGUAAGAAGUGGCCGGUGGCCUGGGGGAAGCUGGACGAGGGCAGCAUCGGGGUGGUGUCGCCGUACGCCGACCAGGUUUUCCGCAUUCGUGCCGAACUCCGAAAGAAAAGAAUGCACGAGGUCAGCGUCGAAAGAGUGCUCAACGUCCAAGGUAAACAGUUCCGGGUGCUGUUCCUCAGCACAGUGCGGACGCGGCAUACCUGCAAGCACAAGCAGACGGCCAUCAAACGCAAAGAGCAGCUGGUGGAGGAUUCGACUGAAGACCUCGACUACGGCUUCCUGUCAAACUACAAGCUGCUCAACACGGCCAUCACCAGAGCCCAGUCCCUGGUCGCGGUGGUGGGAGACCCCAUAGCGCUCUGCUCUGUGGGACGCUGCAGAAAAUUCUGGGAGCAUUUCAUCUCAAUCUGCCACGAGAACUCCAGCCUGCACGGCAUCACCUUCGAGCAGAUCAAGGCUCAGCUGGAGGCCCUGGAGCUCAAGAAGACUUAUGUCCUCAACCCGCUGGCCCCAGAGUUCAUCCCUCGGGCCCUCAGGCCCCUUCAGGGACACCAGUCUUCCUCACAGGGCCUUCAUCCCCACCAUCAUCCUCAUCCUCAGCACGGUUUGCCUGGCUCCAACAAGCAGGCCGUGCAGCAUCACCAACAGCAGCAGCAGCAGCAGCAGCAGCAGCAGCAGCAGCAGCAGUCCCCUCCGAAGGGGAAACAGGCGAACCACACAGAGCACCUCCCACCAGAUGGAUACGUACAAUCCAGCCCUGCUGUGUUGAUGGGAAACCCCAUCCGGGCCUUCACGCCCCCUCUGGGUGCCGCGCCGGCCGGCAUAGGGAAGUCGCCCAGCCCCGUGCAGCGCAUCGACCCGCACACCGGAGCCAGCAUCCUCUACGUACCAGCUAUGUACGGAGGAAACGUGGUCAUGCCCAUGCCUCUGUCGUUGCCCUGGCCAGGUUACCAGAACCGCUUUGCUGUGGACCCUCGCAUCAUGAGCCACCCAGCGGCCAUGGCCUACAACUUAAACCUGCUUCAGCCACAGAACCGAGGCUCUCCCAUCCCUUAUAGCGGCGUCACCCACCCCUCUCCUUUAGGACUGGCCCAGCUCAGCCCAGAGAAGGACCUGCAGGCCGACCUCAUCAGGAACGGUAAAGUAGACGGCUGCACAAAAGCCGAACAGACCCGUCUUCAGACGCCAGAGAGGAAAAACGCAGACAUAAGGGAAAAACAGGGAGACUUAGACACCGGUCAAAGUCGAAGUUUAGAUUCCCAACAGGAGGGUCUGGUUGGCUUUCCGAACGCUUUGCUUCACCGAAAAGACCCUUCAGCUACCCAAAGAUCCCUCAACUACCACCUGGCACCGCCCAACCCAGCUUUUCCUCUGCACCCGGCUGGCGGAAGAACCUUCCCCCAGCAGUACCCCGUUCCUAGACUUCCCUACCGGGUCGGCCAGCCUCCACAUCCAGGGAUGCCCCAACAGAAUCAGCAGCAACAGCUCAGUCCUGCCUUCACCGGUGGAAGCCACGCUUCCUUCUUCAGCGGCUCCGUGGCCGCUCACCGAUCCGUGCAGUCGCCCACCGUGGACGGGGCGGAGUCUUCGGGGGCCGAGGAGAUGAGCGGCACCGUUAGGACUCACAUGGGCCACCAGGGGGCGCAACACCCAGGCCUGCCACAGCACAACAGGGUCAGCAACUUUGGGGAGGAUGGACAGGAUGGGAGUCUGGUGGACGGUUUAGACCUCCAGAGUCCCCUGACUUUAGAAGCGCUGAGCCAGCAGCAGCAGGCGGCCAGACUGGGCCAGUGGGGGGAAGCAGCAGGCCCCUUCCUCCAGGGCAGUGUUGCCUUUCCUCUGCCCCAGCAGCUCGCCCACCUCGCUCAAUCUGGCAUGGCUCGCUUUCCCCCUCAGCUGCUCCGGGCUGCUACCUGGGGGCUUAAUGCCAAUAUGGACGACGAAGCCGUUUCCUCUGCAACCGCGGGUCCAACAUGCUCCAGGUACCCGGGCCUUUUGCGAGAGAUGCCCCCACAGGAGCAGCCGGAACCGCGGGAAGCGACCGAACUGCAGCCACCGCCUCAGUCCCGCCUGCUCCAGUAUCGACAGUCCCAGACCCGUGCCUCCGGCGAGCCCUCGUCUUCCUUAGCCCCCCUGUCCAAUCACGCUGGCCCCUUCCCCGCAGGACUGUACUCCCACGAAAGCGGCCGGAACCUCCUCAACGAAAACCAUCUCAACAACCCGGCUCUGCAGCAGCAGCAGCACCCGGGGAACCCCCUAUACAACGCCGGCAGCUACCCGAAUCAGCCACCAGCGCAGUCCGGCGGCGGCAGCCCCCCACCAUCGAACGUGAAGUAUCUCCUGCAGGAAGCGCAGUGGUCUCACGGCGGAGCGGCGUCCGUGUCCCAGCAGAACCACCUCCUAGGGAACCAGAGCCAUAGCCUUCUGUACGGACUGCCCCUGAUGGCUCACCCCAACAGGCCGGAGCAGGUGCUGAUGCAACUCCACCACCACCAGCAGCAGCAACACCAUCAACAGCAACAGCAACAAAAUCAAGGCCCGGACUCUGAGUCCUACCACCCUCUGUCCCCUAGAACAUCAGCAGCCGCAGCCCUCCACAGCGUAGACGAGUAUGAACCGAGAGGUCCGGGCCGGCCCCUCUAUCAGCGCCGCAUCUCCUCCAGCUACCCGGAUGAAUCAUCUCCAGCCCACCCCUGUCAUCCCGAGCCCCAGGAUCACCCGCAGCAACCGCACGGCUCCUACAGCUACCCCCCCCACGACCACCUCUGGCCCAGCAACGGCGGGGGUCCCGGUCCAUUCCAGAACAUUCCAUGCAACGGAGCCAGCAAACUAGUUCAGCAUCGUGAGCUUCUAGCUUCAAAGGUCCAUCGUCAGACGGACGAGCAGGUGAAGGCGGAACCGGCCGGCGUGCAGCAGCAGCAGCAGCAGCAGCAGCAGCAGCAGGCGCAUCCACACAACCUCAACUCCCUUCAGCACCAGUUUCCCCCUCUGAUGCCCAAUAAGAAGCAGCAGCAGCCGCCGCCGCCGCCACCACAGCCCCCGACAGAGCCCACCCAGGGGGCCCCCAGUUUAGUAAAGCCGCCCACCAUGUCGUACGCGAGCGCCCUCCGAGCGCCUCCCAAACCGAGAGCCGUUCGGCCCGAGCAGGCGAAGAAGAACAGCGACCCGCUGUCCCUUCUGCAGGAGCUGAGCAUCGGAAGCUCAAACGGUAGCAAUGGUUAUUAUUCUUACUUUAAAUGAGAGCCGACUCUCUCACGUAGUAAGUAAAGCGGAACAACAAAAAGAGAAAAAGGAAAAAAAAAUUGUAAAAGUUUUGUAAAAUUUC